AAAUGCCAGCAAAGGUCGCGUAUCUAUCUAUCUAUAUAAACACGCCUUUACUUCUCAUUACCUCACAUUACAAACCAUCCACCCUUUUUUUUAAUUCCAUCGCUUCUCUCUCUCUCUCUCUCUCUUUGUUUCUUGCCACAAUCCCUAAUUUUGUUUUCAUUGUUUGUGAAUGGUAGAAACCCUAAGCGAUUCUGAUUUCAUGCGCUUCUCCCUUUUUCAAUCAAGAAGGGUGAGCGCCAAUCAUCUCCCAGUUUCUUCUUCAAUUGCUUUCGCUUUCGCUUCCUGCAAACAAGGCUGGUACUACCGCUGCCUUGGCGUAGACCCCUGAAUUUUCAAUUCCCAAUUCACAAUUUUGUUUUCUUUCUUUUGAGAUUCGUUUUUGUUUUCAUUGUUUUGGGAAAAUUUCUUCCGAUCGGUGAAUUUUUUGUAAAGAUGUUGAUGAGUAAGCAAAAGAAGAACGUGAACGUGAAUGUGAAGAGGCUGUUAAUCAGCAUCAAUGUUCUUGGAAGUGCUGGACCGAUUCGCUUUGUCGUCAAUGAAGAAGAGCUUGUGGCCACUGUUAUUGAUACUGCUCUCAAAUCUUAUGCUCGUGAAGGGAGGCUUCCUAUCCUUGGAACUGAUAUCACAACUUUCGCUCUUUAUUGUCCCCUUGUUGGAUCUGAUGCUUUGAGUCCAUGGGAGAGAAUUGGAUCACACGGAGCUAGAAACUUCAUGCUAUGCAAGAAGCCACAGGCUAACAAUGGAGUUGGUGAUGCUGAUAAUGGGACUAGAGUGGUUUCUCGAAGUCGAAGGGGAGGUGGGAGCUGGAAGGCUUGGUUCAACAAGUCUCUGAAUCUCAAGAUUUCAACCCAUUGAUGAAUUGAUGAAUCAAGUUUUAAAUUUUGUGUUGGCAUUGAAUAACUUUUAUUGUGUUUUGUUCUGUGGUAAUUAGUGAGUGCAUGCCACAAAUUUUUGUCAGUUUCUGUGUGUUCUCACUAGCUAAGACAACUUUUUGUUUAGGAGAUUACUCUUUUCUUGAGAUGUAGGUUUCAGUUUCAGCUUUGAUCGAAUAAAAAAAAUCGAAUUUUAGUUCUUAA